UGUGUCCAUCAGUGUGCCCCUUUACAUAAGGUGUUGCCAUCAGAGUGCAACUUUACAUCAUGCAUUCCCAUAACCUCAGGUGUGCCCAUCAGAGUGCCCCUUUACAUCUGGUAUCCCCAUCAGAAUGCCCCUUUACAUCUGGUAUCCCCAUCACAUUGCCAACUUACAUCAGGUAUUCCCACCAGAGUGCUCCCUUACACUCAAAGUACCCCUUUCUAUCAUAUUCCCCAUCACAGUGCCCCUUUCCAUCACAUGUGCCCAUCAAAGUGCCCCUUUCCACAGUAUGUGCCUAUUUAUGCCCCUUAACAUAAAAUGUACCCAUCAGAGUGAC